GAUCGAUCGAAUCCCGAGCAAAGUUCGUCCUCUUAUCGGAGCGUCGUCCAUGGAGUCCACCGAAUGGCGGACUUCAUUUGGCAGCGACAUGUGGUGCGCGUGGCCUCACUUCUGACCUUCCUCUCAGUGCUUGUGAUUCUGAUUGGUGUCAUUGUGAUUUACAGUCAGCCAGGUGAAUCAGAAGCACCGUCCAGUGUGACUCUUGCGGCAAUCCCGUUGGUCCUUCUAGCUACCUCAGCACUGUUGAUUUUCUACCUGGGGGUGCUGAUUGAGCGGCAGAAUCUCGUGGAGAAGUUGCCCAGUGUGACCUUCUUCCGAGUGGGCAGCUUGGCGGUGCUCACAGUACUCGUCAUCCCUGUGAAGAAUGUAGCAUUUACACUGAUGCUCUUCUUUUGCUUCAUGGCCAUUGUGUUGCAUUCGCUCUGCAAAUGGGGCUUCAGCCUUCGUGUCCGCCUGGGUGUCGUCGCGGUCUGCGACGGCAUCUUCAACUUGGCCAUGGCCGAGGCAACAAGAUGGGCAGGUUCAGCCGGUGAUAUUGCAGUGGCUCGUUUCAAUUUGGGUCUCUUUGCCGGCCUCGGUGGGAUCUUUAUGCCUGUGGCAGAGCUGCUGGCCUUGCGCAUGCAAAUUCCAAAGCUGUGUAAAUGGACAUGCAUUGGCUAUGGAGGUUUCGCAAUCCAUGGAGCUUUACUUCUUCUACAGGCAAUUGGGACAGAGAUGAAUUUCCUCCUCAACGGCGGAGGUUAUUACUUCGAAGGCCCAACAUGUGUGAAGUCAGACGUGGACUCGCCAUUGACUUUAGCCCUAAGCAUUUUGACAUCCUUCAGCGCGGCGCAGAGGUACGAAGGAAAUGUGGGACGAGCUCCAUGUCCAGAUAUCUUGGCUUCCGUCGCUGAAGGUGAUGCUGCAGUGCCUUUCAUCAAAGUGCAAAUCUGCAGUGAGACGCCCUUGGCGACGUUGAUCUUCUUCGUGAUCCUUGGUGCCUUCCUGGCUGGGCUGUUGAUCGUUUGCGUGAAGACGCUCCACGUACCGCCCAGACGGGAGCACGAGGGGCUACCAGAGCCCUUCACCGAUGCUAAGCGACGCCGGGCGCUGUUGACAGGUGCUUUCGUGACCAUUGGCAUGGUUUUGCUCUUCGUGUUUGGGUUCGUUGGCCUGGAGUGUCCCUGGGAAGCAGCACCGAGGGUUCCCGGACUGGAGGCGGAUCGCCUCAACAUCACAGAUGUGCGCAACAGCACCACCAUCACUGCAACCACCACCACUGUCCGAACAGUCACCUCCACCACAGGCAGCGCGACCAGCACGAGCCGAACGAGCACAACAGCCUUGACCAGCACCAGCAGUACAUCGAUGACCAGCACGAGUCGAACCCUGACCACCAGCAGCGUUACUGACACGUUCACCAGCUCCACCACAGGAUCCACCACAACUGGAACGAGGACCAGCAGUAGCACCGUGACUCACACCAUGAGCAGCAUCAGCACGACCUCCACGACCACAGGGCACAACAUAUCUGUAGUCACCAAUGAUACUGACGUCGAGGUGACGACCACCUUGUUGUCCAACUUGUUCGCCAACUUCACCCCGGAGGAACUCGCCGCAGCCGAGGCUGUGCCUUACACAAGGCAUGGUGAGUGGACGGGGAGGUGCAUCUUUCCCACUGGGGAAGAGCCAACCUGGGAAUAUUUUAGUCUGCAGCCAGAUCGAUGUGAACUGCUGUGCUCAUUGAGGGCCAACUGUGUGGCCUUCAGCCAUGAUAGAUCAGAGGAGAACUGCUACUUGACCGAUCAGAUGGGCCUGACAGGUCACGGUAAUGGAGCCGGUCUCUGGAAAUGCUCCACGAAGCAAGAGGCCCAAACCGCCUGGGAGUGCGAAGAUACGGACAUCGUGGUGGUGGAUGGUCGCAUCAUUGUGAAUGGACCAGAGGUCCGCUGCGGCUGUUCUGGCGCCUUUCAACGUGGACUUUGGGGUCCUGUGUCAGCAACUGCAGAGCAGUUUGCGAGCGUGUGGUGCGCUCUGGGCAUGGCUGCCCCACUCCUGUGUGGGCUUGCAGCCUUUAUGCUUCACAGCUUUGCCUGUUCCAUGGCCGUCGAACAUUGGACUGCCAGCGAUCACAAGGUGUCAAUGCGCAGUCUGGUUGCCCGGCAGGUGCGACCCAUCGAGGAUGAGGAAGGUGAGGUGCAGCACAAUCACUCCAUCGUAGCAUGGAGGGAGGCACCGCGGGAUGAGAACCCGAAGCCAGUGACGCAAUUCGGAACCAACCGCAUGUUCAGUGUUUGAUGCACGCGUCGACCUCGACGGAUGGCGGACGAUGGAGCCGUCCACAACACGGCACAACGGAGGAAGAGACUCAGAGACUCCGAAGCCUCACAGUGAAGCACUGUGGGUAUUGAAUGAUUGGUGGAAAUCAGGAUAAUAAGGAUUCAGGUUGAGAAAUGAGCAAGCUUACUGUAGAAAAGGCAUUGUUUAAAAUCAAAUCUUUGAAAGGGGGUUUUAGGAGCUUGAAACGCAUCAGGCAUCACACCACUGGGAGCUUUGGCACAUGGUACGUUCCCCGAAAUCGAUUUGGUAGAGGAUCAUGCAAGCUGCAAUGCACUGGUUGAGUAGGAAGGCCUCGAAGAAGGGAGGCGCCUCGUAUUGGCAUACAGAAUUAGCUUAGAUUCGCACACACAUGACACUCCCUAGAUAUUCAUGAUUUCCUUUUGUGGGUUGUGAGUUCAGAUGAGUUCGGCUUGUCGAUAUCGUCGCUUUUAGUAUGUGGGGCAGAAGAUGACUUAAGGAUUCCGGGCCGGAGAUCUAUUUGGUGAACUGAUGUCCUUUUUAUGGACUGGCUUCUUAUGGAUUCCGUUUCCAUGAGGGCAACAACCAUUGCUGGCUUUCAUGUAGAAAUCCUGAUGAUAUGUUUUGCCUACAACAGGUAGCUUCUAGAUGCCUUUCGAAGAUCGGAAGAAAGAUUGUUGCUCAGUACCAUCAGUACCCGGUGUUUAGUACUGUUGCUCAGUUGUGCCAUGGGCGGGCCUCGCUCUGACCAACUCUUCAAGAGAGUUAACUGGACUCAAAGACUGAGCCAACCAGAGCAGUCAGAGCAGACCUGAUGCAGCGAAGGCGCAUCCCGAAAAGCGCCAGCUGAGAGGGCUCGGG